CCUGGGCGGCUGCCCCAGCUCCCAGAGCUGGCGAUGCUGGUGCGGACCCGAGCUGCGCCUGCUCGCGCCCCGCGCUCCCCUUAGCCAUGUACGACCCCGAGCGCGGCUGGAGCCUGUCCUUCUCGGGCUGCGGCUUCCUGGGCUUCUACUACGUGGGCGCGACUCGCUGCCUGAGCGAGCGCGCUCCGCACCUCCUGCGCGACGCGCGCAUGUUCUUCGGCUGCUCGGCGGGGGCGCUGCAUGGGGUCACCUUCCUAGCCGGGGUCUCGAUUGACCAGGCUCUGCAGAUACUCAUGGACCUUGUCCGCAAGGCCAGGGCACGGAACAUAAGCACCCUCCACCCGUCCUUCAACCUGAGCAGGCACCUGCGGGAGGGGCUCCAGGAAAUCCUCCCGGACAACGUGCACCAGCUCAUCUCAGGCAAGAUCUGCAUCUCGCUCACCAGAGUGUCCGAUGGGGAGAACGUGCUGGUGUCCGACUUCAAAUCCAAAGAGGAAGUCGUGGAUGCUCUGCUGUGCUCUUGCUUCAUUCCUUUCUUGUGUGGCUUAAUCCCUCCGACCUUCAGGGGUGUGCGAUAUAUGGACGGAGGCGCCAGCAACAACCUACCGGUCCUGGACUCUCAAACGACCAUCACAGUGUCCCCGUACUACGGGGAGUGCGACAUCUGCCCAAAGAUCAAGUCCACCAAUUUCCUCCACGUGACCAUCACCAACCUCAGCCUCCGCCUGUGUUUGGGGAACCUCUACCUCCUCUCCAGAGCCUUCUUCCCCCCUGAUGUCAAGGUGAUGGGGGAAAUCUGCCUUCGGGGCUACCUGGAUGCACUCCGGUUCCUGGAGGAGAACAGCAUCUGCAGUAGGCUCCAGCCCUGCUUAACGCUCCCCAAAGAAGAGCUGGAGCCGGAGGUCACAGUGCCUGGCUGGGAAGACCCGGACUUGGGGAAGGCCGAGGACGAUGAGCUCCUGGACCACCUGCGCCUCAGUAUCCUGCCCUGGGACGAGCGCAUCCUGGAUGCCCUGUCGCCCCCACUCACUGCAGCCUUGAAGAAAGCAAUUAAAGACCGCGGUGGCUUCCUGAGCAGAGUCGGCAGCCUGCUGCCCGUCAGGAUCCUGUCCUUCGUGAUGCUGCCCUGCACGCUGCCAGUGGAGUCCACGAUCGCUGCCGUCCACAGACUGGUGAUGUGGCUCCCACACAUCCCUGAUGACGUCCAGUGGCUGCAGUGGUUGAUGUCUCAGGUCUAUGCCCGUGUGACGACGUGUCUGCUCCCCACUUCCAGGUCCCAGAUGUCAGGGAGCAGCCAGCGCGCUUCCAUUUGCACCCGGGAAGGUGGCUCUGCAGGAUCCUAGACCGCGGUUGGCCAGGAAGGGGCGCCCCAGCCUGGGUUCAGCCACCCCCUCCACUGGACAGCAUCUGUGGGGAGAGGGUAUCACCUUCCGUGCUUCCCCAGAAAGGGAUUUUGGGGUCACCUGAGGAGGCCUCUAGGGAACCCUUCCUGAGGGGCUGCACCUUCUCAUUGUGGUGCAGCUCUCGGUGAGCCCAGGGCCCCGCCUCUUUGCUAAAUUUAUUCCUUAUGCAAAGGCGACGUCUUUGUUGUGGGCAGCUGGGAAUCUGCUCGUGCAGCCCUAAUAUUCAAGCAUCUGUUGGCUCUCCUGGUUGGGCAGUGUCACCAGGAAGCCCGGCACGGGGCUCUGACGGCCGACUGCGUCUCACAGCCUGCUCAUGGCGGCCCCAGUGCCCAGGACAGCGGGGCCCAUGAGCCCUGCGCUCACUCAGGCAGCCAGCAGAAAAGGGGACUGGGUGUGGUCAUCCCCACCGAGGCCCCUCCUGUCCUUGGCCUUAAGAUGACAACUUAUCUAUGUCCCCAGCACCCCUCUGAUCUAGCUAAAAUACUUCCUAAGUUUUUUUAAAACCACGUAAGGGAAUGGCUGGUGAAGUGUGAAAUUUCACAAAUUCAUGAGAUCUUUGAAGAGCACAAAGAUGAAACCUAAGAGGAGGGUAGUGGCAGGCACCCUGGCCCAACCCGGGCAGGAGCCAAAUAGCAUAAAUAACUCCCCUUCUUUCUCUCUGCCAGAGUCAUUGCCGGCUUCCAAUCGGGUUCUUUUCUGUCCGCGUCUCCCCGUCCCGUGGUCCCCCACUCUGCCAGCCUUAAUGGAACCACACGCUUGAGGCGGGGACCCCCCCUUCUUCUCAGGUGCAGGAACACAUUUGAGUGCAGCCACAAAAAACGACCCGCUCAGAUUCCUUCACGCUGGCAGAGAGUUAAACACACACGGGCUAUGCCAGCAAGCAAAGCCCAGCUGCAGGUGCCGUCACACACUUCUUAGCAUGAGCCCUGGAAGAGAGGAUGUGGCCCGCCCGAGAUCCUCGCGACAGUGGGCUUGAACCCAGCCCCUGAGACUUGCUUCAUAAGUGAGGGAGGGGCCAAGGCGAGGGGCACUCUCCCCACCACCUGUGCCAGACCUGGGCCCUGGCUGUGGCCGUAGGAGAGCGGGCAUGGGCUGGCAGAGGCCUCUUCCAACAUCCAUGUGACCAGCCCUUGCCCUUUGCCAAGUUUCCCCCAGCGCUUGUGAGAGCCGCUGAGGGGCGGGCCCCUCGCACUGGCAGACCUAGCCUGGCCUGAGCACUAUUUAAGUUGGAACUCGGUCGCAUACACUGGCUUUGGAUUAUCAGAAAAGGCUCCCAGGGCCAACCAGAUUUCAUGCUUGUUUCUACACACUUUUUCCUUUUUUUCCCCCCACGCUUUUAUUAUAUCUAGUAUUUAUUUUCUCUUAAAUAACAGGCUAGAACCCACAGCCUUUGAACUAAGCUACAUCCCCAACUCUACUUUUAUUUAUUCUGAGCUGAGAUCUCACUAAAUUGCCUACACUGGGCUC